CCCAGUCGUUAGCUGCGGGCGGCGACAAACUCCACACUGCCCCGUCGUCACUGUCAUUGAUCGUCUCCUCCUCCACCACGUAGGACUCGCUACUACCAGACUACGACAGCACGGCGACAACACACGACUUUGAACCCUCAUGUAUGAGGUGGACUCGGCGCGGUGUAGCUGUGACGGGUGAGCUAGGGUGUGGAGGAAUGUAGAGGGGUGCGGACAGACACGCCCUCAAGUAACUCGGUCCCGUGACAAACAAGAUUCAACCGCCAAGGGGUGGAACUUUCUCACAGCUACAGAAGGAACCGCCACACCAACUUGUAAACAUGGAUAUAUAUCAACACACCUGGUCCCAGCUAGGACUGUGUAUUAUGCUACAACUUUUAUACCUAGAAAUAUCCACGGUGACGUGCUUUGCAUGGCAUAGUCCUAGCCAGACUCGUUCACAGACUGCCCCCGUCGAAAGCCAUAUGGUGUCCCAAAGGUGGCACCAGUCAGUCCCAAAAUGGUACCCGUACAAUAUGUGGAAGCGACGGAAGCGGAAGGAGGGAGAAGGAAGUCACCUUACAUUGGAUAUUUCUAAUGUACUUGGCAGGAGCAGGAAUUUGUUUAGCGGAAAAAGGAGUGCCUAUGUGUCUAAAUACCGCAAACUGCUGGACAAGUAUAAUAGGAAAAAGCAGAUGAACAGCAUAUUAAGCAAAAAUGUAUGGAAAACUAACGCCCCCUCUACAACGUACGGUUCAUCGUUGUCAGUGAACGCGAUGGACAACAGGCUGUUCUCCGCUGAGAAGUUCAGAAAAGUAAGUACGUUACAGACUCGGAAACACAAGUCUCAUUUUGGAGGUAUCGGCUCAGUACAGGAUUCGUUCGGAAUGGUUCACACACCCAAGAAACCAUCCACUUCUCAAAAGAAAAAGGUCAAGGAAUUAACGCAAUCCGGAUUUGAUAACGUCGGAUUUGGAACAAUAGCCGAGGAUGGAUUUGAUUUACAGCCAGCCGGUGGAUUUUCAAAUGAUUUUUUACCAAUACGUCAAACAGGAUCCGAAACUCUUAAAAACGAGGCUGACACAGCAGCAAAGACAUCGACUGGGUUUGGGACAGGCUCCUUCUCUUCUGACGCUGGGUCCAUGGGGGACACUUCCUGGUCCGACUCUGGGAGCUGGGGAGGUGAUGGGUUCGGAGCUGUGGGGGCCUCUUCGGCGGCCCAGUCGUCAUCCGGGACUUGGGGAAAUCCGGCUGCUGGCAGUGAUGGCUUCGGAACGAUCGGAGGAGGUUCAUUCUCAGCAGAAACGAAGGACUGCGACACCAUCCUGACAAAGUCCUGCUCAGACAACAGCGAGUGCUCGUGUUAUGGCUUCUACACAUGCGUCGACCACAGAUGUGCGUCUGUGCAGUCUGCCUCAGAUUCGACCGAUUCUGCAAUGGCAGGGACCUGGCACCAGACCCCUAUAGACUUCGGUAGCUUCUCGAAACGGAAGGACCCGACUAAGGUCAUCCAAGUCUUCAUGUUGCCAUGGCAAUCGGAAAAGUGAAUGUCGUCGAGAUGAUGAAAAGCUGAGCUUUGAUUGGUCAAAAGAGACACAUGACCCGUUCCCCAGACAUGGACCGUCUUUGAAAAUGAGAAAACCUUUGCGCGUUGCUUACAACUGAACGGUUGGGUGUGUUAGCGGAGUAGCGAAUACUUCAAACUUUAUUCCUGGAGGUACCAACACACACUACAGGGCGCUGUCCUUUGCCUACGGGAUGAAAUACAAUGUGUUAAAAGUGUUCUCAAAAUAUUGUUCACGAUACUAUCAGCUACAAAAUAAUCCUUACGUCAUGAAACAGGUGCUCAGUCAAGGGGCCACCGUUUAAUUAUUGAUACCCAUGAGUUUGUUUACACCAUGUAAAUCCUAGAACAGUGUUUAGAAAACAUGUAAUCUAGUCUACGUCUAGUGGUUAGGUUAAGUUCAUGCCAGGGGUCACGGCAUAUAAACAAGAGGCACUAUUGUUUCUGUUGUACGUAACCUAUAGCACGCCAGCUGAAAAUGGAUGAUAAAAUUACAUUUUUUAUUUAUUUUAUUAUCUGAUUGUAAUAUUACUAGGAAUAGAAAACCUCAACUGGUCAUUAAAAAAUAAUUUGGAGCCCAAUAUCAAUAUUAGUCAGUGAAUGUCAUAUGGUUGGAGUAGAAAUGUUGUUGUUUUUUAAUUCUUAAUGUAUUCGUGUGUUGUUUUGAUUUAUCAUAUUACGAAGAGUUUUAAUUAAAUCUUCUACUUUCAACAUUAACAGCAGUCAUUGAUGUCUGCUUGAUUUAAGCUUCAUGACAAAAUAGCGAGGGCGCGUGGACCCGAAUAUUUAAAGUGUGUUAUACUUGGGAGAAUUCGUCAAAAUUAAUCUUUGUCGGGUUAUAUAUAUUGUUGUCAGGGGAACUGUACCGGUUUCGGCUACAUUUGAAAACUAGACAUGUUCACAUCUAGGAAAUGUGACACGGCGUGUUCAUGGAAUGUGUGAGCCCAUGUUAUAAAUACAUCUAUAUUUCUAAACACUUGGUUUCCAAUGUUAUGCAGCAGAAAUGUAAUAAAGGUCUAUUCUUAUUGCA